GUCGAAGCCCACCUUCCGGUGAUUCUUCGCGCCCCGCUGUCGCCGUUCUCAGAAGAAAAUGGCAUUGGGACUAAUACUAGGGCUAGGAAGGGCAUUUCGUCGAAAGCGCACAUCAUCGCUUGACAUUCUUUCCUCCAAACGUGCCCCUAGGGACUACUACAAGGGGAAGAAUUGCAAGCCCAUUGGUUUCCACACUAGAAAAGCUAAGUAUGUCGUGCAGCAGGAGACAUUACCUAACUAUGUAGUCCCCGAUUUAACCGACUUCAAGCUCAAACCAUAUGUAUCUCAGUGCCCAAGAGAUGUCAAGACUAGCGAGUCUGCUGGAUCAACUAAAUAAGCAUACUGAGUGACAAGCAUUUGAUUUGUUUGUUUAUUGUUUUAAUCGUGAAUUAGGUCAAUAUCUUGUUUGGCAGGUUCAUGCCUUGGACUUGUUCAAAUAAUGAACCUUUCUUCUUGGUUGAAGCAUUGCUUUAUUUAUUUUUCUGGUCAACUGCACCAGAUUAUUUAUACGCAAGAGAAGGCGGCAGAAAAUUGCCGUAUAAUAUGUAAUUGUAGCAAAAAUUAUGAUUUGGUAUUUGCUAAACACAAAAAUUAAUUAAGGAACUAAUGCCAAG